AUGUUACUAAGAUGUUUGACCGAAGAAGAUGCAUCCAAAGCGGUGGAGGAGGCUCACUCAGGUAUUUGUGGAGCUCAUCAAUCAGGACCAAAGCUACAUUUCCAAAUAAAGAGGAUGGGAUACUAUUGGCUGACUAUAGUCAAGGAUUGCAUGGAUUAUGUGAAAAAAUGUCAUGCAUGUCAAUUCCAUGCCAACUUUAUACACCAGCCGCCGAAGCCGCUACAUCCCACAAUUACUUCAUGGCCAUUUGAUGCAUGGGGUCUUGAUGUGGUGGGACCAAUAGCACCCAAAUCUUCGGAGGGUCAUUCUUACAUCCUUGCAGCCACAUACUAUUUUUCAAAAUGGGCAGAAGCUGUACCUCUAAAGAAAGUGAAGAAAGAAAACGUAGUGAGCUUUAUCAAAGUAAACAUAAUUCAUCGGUAUGGUGUGCCACGUUACAUCAUCACAGAUAAUGGAAAGCCAUUCUCAAACCGGUUAAUGGAUAAAUUUUGUGAAGAUUUUGGUUUCAAGCAACGCAACUCUUUAAUGUUCAAUGCCCCAGCCAACAGUCUUGCAGAAGCAUUCAACAAAAUUCUUUGCAACUUGUUGAAGAAAGUUGUCGGGAGAACCAAGAAAGAUUGGCAUGAAAGGAUAAAUGAAGCAUUAUGGUCUUAUCGGAUGACCUAG